UCAGAGAAAAAAUGCCAAGACGACACCGAAUACCUGGAGAGGCGGUCAAUGGGGAGUACCGGCUUGAUGACUUAUUUCGUUCAAAUCCCAAAUUUGCCGUAAUCAGUAUGGAGGAGAACAAUGGCUCAAGUGCUCUUAAUUUGACGAAGCAUUUGUUCGGUCUUGGCAUUAAAGAUGUCAGUUUUUUCGACAGUUUGGUGCAUCAUCCAAUGGUCCAAGAGCUCAUGAAAACUCAAAAUGGACUUUCCAAUGGCACCUCAAAUGUUCCAGCUUCACCACAGCAACAGCAAGUCACCCCAUUCACACAGCUUCUCAGCAGCCUCUACUCGACUCCUGACACUCCAGCUGCUGAAAGAAUCUCCCCGGCUUCCUCCAGAGCAGCUCCGCGGAAAAAAGAGCACCCAUUGGUAGAAGAAUACCUGAGGUGCCAAAUGUGUGGUCCCCAGGUGGAGCCGAUACUUAUCACGAAUUAUAAUCAUGUGGCGAAGCACAUGAAAAGUCAUUUGAAUAUUAAUAUGAGGCAAUUUCAAUGUACUGAGUGCACAUUUGCGAGUAAUGCUUCUACUAAGGUGACCGCCCACGUGAGACAACAACACAACCUUCUCAACGUGCCACCGAAGCUGAAUCAGAAGAAUUUUCAGCCGCAAUUUAACAAAAUGGUUGAGCAGUGUUUUCCAACGUACCAUGAGCAAAUGGAGUUGGUUCGGGCCGCGCAAACUGCUCGGAAUGUGGAGAAUUCGAAGCAGCGGCAGGAAAAUCGGAGCCGCCCGAGCCGGGAGCCCAGUUCCAUGACACCUCAGCCACUCGAUUGUAAUGUUCACGUGAUUCCAAUUAGGAAAGCAAUCAGAGGAAAGGAACAGACAAUCACCAACUUGAAAACCUACCACUGUUACGAAUGUCGUCAAGAUGUUCAGUGUGUUCUGGGCGCUGAAAAUCUCACGGCAGGACCACUAAUCAGUCAUUUGAGUACCAAACACUCCUUCCAGUGUGUUCCAUGGAAAUGUGAUGAGUGUGGAUACAAAAAUGCGGUCCAGUGGAAAGUCCGCCAACAUAUUUGCGUCCGACACCCGGAAAACGCCUACAAAAUCCAAGUGUCUGCAACGAAGAAAAACGAAUGGAAAUUAUUUCUCAGAUAUUAUUUUAAGGAUUUGGGGGAUGUGGUCCCCGAAUGCAAUGAAGAGCUCGAAUGUGCAAAACUCGUUGAAAAUGGAGCAAUUAUCAGAAAUUUCGUGCGAAAACGAAAUUCGGAGCAUUUGGAGCAAAAGAUGAAGCUGAAAAAGAAGAAAAUGUCGCUAGUCGAGGAGCCUGUGAUAAUUAUUGAAUGAUGGGAUUUAUUUAUGAUAAAACUAACAAAAC